AUGAAGAUUUCGUCCGCAUUCGUCUUCGCCCUCCUCACCGGCGCGCUGGCCGCGCCCCAGGCCUUGGUCAAAUCCGAAGAAGAGAAACGCGACAUCGACGUUGCUGCCAGAGAUUUCCACGGCUCAACAUUCGGAAACGCCGUUGAGGCUAGAUUUGAAGAAAACAGCAUCACCCUCGAGGGACGUGAUGUCGACCCCCGUGCCGAAGACGACGAACUAGUGGCCCGAGCUGCCAAGAAGGCGAAGAAGGCGAAGAAGGCGAAGAAAGCCAAGAAAGCCAAGAAGGCAAAGAAGGCAAAGAAGGCCAAGAAGGCUAAGAAGGCUAAGAAAGCCAAGGCCGCUAAGAACGGCAAGGCAAAGGCUGCCGCUGCCAGCGACACUGCCUCAGCAGAGCCUGCCAGAGUGACGAGCUCUUUCGAUGCACCAGGCGUCGUUUAG